CCAAAGAUAUUGAACAUUCUGGACACAAAAAAUCUCUUUCCACACUAAAUAUCAACUUGAUCAUAUCGUAGGUAAUCAACGUUUUUUUCCCUCCUUUGUUCUAUACUAAAGAUUUAGAAAUGGAGGAUUGUUUUGAGCACAAAACAGUGGUAGUGAAUGGCAUAAACAUGCAUGUUGUAGAAGCAGGUCAAGGUCCAGUAAUUCUCUUCAUCCAUGGCUUCCCUGAAUUAUGGUAUUCAUGGAGGCACCAAAUUUCUUUCGUGGCUAAACAUGGCUAUCGUGCUGUCGCUCCUGACCUACGUGGCUUUGGAGAUACCACUGGAGUAUCGAAAGAUGACCCGAGCAAGUUCACCAGCUUACAAGUAGUGGGUGAUUUAGUGGAACUUUUGAAUACCAUUGCACCUAAGGAAGAGAAGGUGUUUGUUGUAGGACAUGAUUGGGGUGCAAUUAUUGCUUGGGCUCUGUGUUUAUUUAGGCCAGACAAAGUCAAGGCUUUGGUUAAUUUGAGUGUGGCAUUUUCUCCUAGAAAUCCUAAGAGAAAGCCACUUGAAACACUGCUUGCUGUUUAUGGAGAAGACUAUUAUAUUGUUAGAUUUCAGGAGCCUGGAGAAAUAGAAGCAGAGUUUGCAAAAAUAGGCACAAAGAAAGUAUUGGAAAAGUUCUUGAGUUAUUGUAACCCUGGACCUUUAUACUUUCCUAAAGGAAAGCCAUUUGAUGACAAUCCAGUUAUUUUGCCCUCUUGGCUACCAGAAAAAGAAGUUGAUUAUAUUGCUAGCAAAUAUGAAAAAGCUGGCUUCACUGGAGGAUUGAAUUAUUACAGAGCAAUUGACCUAAAUUGGGAAUUGACAGCAGCAUGGACUGGUGCUAAAGUGAAAGUACCAGUAAAAUUUAUUGUGGGAGAUUUGGACUUAACUUACAAUGCCCCAGGAGUCAAAGACUAUGUACACAAAGGUGGGAUGAAGAAAGAUGUACCUUUGCUAGAAGAAGUGGUUAUAUUGGAAAAUGUUGGCCAUUUUCUUCAAGAAGAAAAGCCUGAUGAAAUUAACAAACAUAUUCAUGAGUUUUUCCAUAGGUUUUCUUCAUCUACUUAAUUAAGUGGUGCCGGCCUAUCACAACUCGCUUGACUAUGUUGGUUUUAAAGCCUUCUUUCUUGUUUCAAUUUCUUUGGAUUAUUUUCAAGCGCUAUUCUAUAUAUACUUGUAUUUUUUCAAGAAUACACACACAUUUACACACA